CCCAGAACCGAUGAGGGUAGUCUUGCUAUAUUUUUCGUUGUACGUAUUUUUAGAUAUAAUCGAGGAGUCGUUUUUUUAUAUAUUUUUUUGUAAUUCAUGACUUGAGAAAUUUUUUUUGUUAUCAUGUAGAAAAAAAGGCCAGGGCUCUUUCAAGGAAUCACUUGGGAAAUCGAAGUCGAAGAAGCCUGCUAGUUCGCAUCACAUCGCAUCGUGAAUCGUAGGGUCAUCGAGGGAUAUUAGGACAUUUUCGAAUUUCAGAUGGGUUCGAACUGUCUCUGUUGUAGCUAUUUACGGCGUUGUGGAAGGUCUUUAUGCCAUUUUAUCCUAUCACAAGAGGAAGGAGUACGACGUAAACGCCGUUUGAUUUGGGGAGUGAUCGUUUUGCUUAUUGUGGAUGUGAUUUGGGUCGGCUCAGCAGAGUUGACUGAUGUAAGUAAAAUUUCUCACUUUACAUUUAACAGAAUGCACCAAUCUUUAAGCAUGGGGGAAUAGGGAAAGGGGUGGAAGAUACGUAGAGAGAAUGACUUUUUACAGUCUUCAACAGCAUAAUAAAAUUUUCCCAAUGGAGUGAAACGAAUCGUAUUCCUACCUGUGGUUGAUGUACAAAGAACAAACUGAUCCUCUUAGGUGAACUGAAACAAAAAUAGUCACGAUAAGAAACCCGAAAAGUUCAGGUUUGGGAGGGUUUUUGAACUUGGCCUCUCUGAUUCUAGCUGGGCAACAAUGCCAACUGAAAUAUGAAGCCUGACUCUUCUGUUUUAUGUUGCAGUUUCUCUUAAUUGCAUAUUACUUACAAGGAUUAUCCAGACUUCACCCUUUUCUAGUUUUCAAGGCAAAAUGUUGGCUUGAUGUGUUUGUAUAAGGCGAAAGACUGGUUUGCACCUAACCAUCAAAUCACUCUUCUAUGAUGAAACAAUACAUAUUCAACAUGAGUUACCUGGAAACAAUAUUAAAAAUUUCCCAUUGUUUUUACUCAUAAUGUGGGAAGUGUGGUGGUGUAAUGGUUGGUACCCUGGACUCCAGGUUGAGAGUUCAGGGUGCAAGACCUUGCCAAGUUAUUGUGUUGUGUUCUUAGGCCAAAUAAUUUACUUCCAUUGUGCCUCUUAGCUCUUCACCCAGGAGUAUAAAUGGGUACCGUUGAAUUGUCGAAGAAGCCUGAUGAAAUGCUGGGGGUAACCUUGUUAUAGACUGGAAUCCCAUAUGCCAUCUGAGGGGGGGAGGGGUAGUUUUAUUCUCAGUCUCUUCAUGCUAUGUAACUGGGAUAAGCUCAGGCUGAAAAAGUCUCAUGGCUUGAUUACAGAUUUAAGCUUCUAAUAAUAAUGAGAAUUUCAUUUGAUUAUAGUUUAUCUUCAAAAGUGAAGGAUUUAACAAGCCCUUUUUCACCACAUAUGUCAAGACGUCAUCUUUUAUGGUCUAUCUCACUGGAUUCCUUUUUUAUGAGCCUUGGAGAAUACAUUGUAAAAACUGUAAUGACACAACUAAUGUAAGUUAAGAUAUGUAUCUACCAGGGAUACUAGAGAUGUACUUCUUGACUCAAAAUACUUGUAUUUGGGUAUGGUUGUCACUUAAUCAAGGCAAGAAUUUAGAAGAAAAAGUAUUGACAUGCUAAGUAUAGUCUGUUAAGAUGCUUUCCAGUCACAGGUGGGGUAAAGAGGAAUGUGGGAAGAAAGAGAAUGAGCAGGAGAUAGGGGUAGGAGGAGAACAGUGACUAGGACAGUGAAGUGGGGGGGGGGGGAGACCCUGUCCAAGUCCUCCGGUUGUUCUCACUACCAAGGGCAGCUCUCCAGUCACAGAUGGGGUAAAGAGGAAUGUGGGAAGAAAGAGAAUGAGCAGGAGAUAGGGCUUAGAGGAGAACAGUAACUAGGACAGUAAAGGGGGGGGUGGGGUUAGCUUAGGUUUUACCCUUCCAAGUCCAAGUCCAAGUCCAAGUCCAAGUCCAAGUCCAAGUCCUUAGGUUGUUUACACUACCAAGGGUAGCUCUCUAGUCACAGGUGGGGUAAAGAGGAAUGUGGGAAGAAAAAGAAUGAGUAGGAGAUAGGGCUAAGAGGAGAACAAUGAUUAGGAUGGUGAUGGGGGGGUGAACCCUGCCAAAGUCCUCGGACUGUUCUCAAGACCAAGGGCAUAGUUGUUUUCCCAUACAUACCAACCUAGACAGGCAUCUAACUCCUUUUCUUUUUCUGCUAGUUCAAUUUUUCUUGCUUUGCUUUAAAAACAUUCUGGACCAUGGUCCAUAUUUUAUAAAACGCUGAGUCUCUCACAAGCAUGGGGUUAGCCAAUCAGAUUUAAGGAUUUAAGUUUCCAGCCCACUGAGAUGCUUCAGAAAAAAAUAAUUCAGAGUUUAUUAAAAGAUCAUGAUCCUUACUUGUAAGUGGUCUAUUUCAAAUCAUUGCGUUUAUGGUUGUGCUCUUAUGUUACUUUAGGGUCAGAAAAGGUAUACGUAUUCUAUUUACCCUUGGAUUUUACAGUAGCUUUACCCUUUGUCAUGUUUAUUUACUUGCUUGUUUGUUUUUGUAAUUAGGUAUCAGGAUCAGAUGUGAGCCAAACUGGAGAAAGUUCAUCACUUUUAGGCUCUUCUGACUCAUCACCGGCUCCCAAACCACACAUGGUGAUGAUUGUUUUUAAAUUGAUUUAAUUAAUUUAAUUGUUCUCAUUCCAACUAUAGACAAUUUUCUCACAACUACCCUUAUCCAGACUAUCAUGCUAGUAAAUUAGUUAUUGCCAUUAUUUCUGUCACUAUUUUCUUUUCUGUUAAUUAUUAGUAGCAUCAUUAUCAUUAUUAUCAUCACUGUCAUCAUUCUGUCUGGGGUUCCUGUCAGUACUAAUCAAGUGUGCAGGGAAAUUUUAGUUAGUUGUGUCAUGUGCUGGUGGUGUGUACACAUUCUUGUUUCACCUCAACAUUUGUUUAUUGAACAUUUUUUAUUAAGUAAUGAAAAUUAACUAAUGAAAGAGAGGUAACUGUACAAAUAGCAUAGCUACACCUGUAAUCUGGACGGUGUAGAGUUUAUGUAUAUACAAUGUAAAAUAAUAAAUAUGGGAAAACAUAUGCAUAAACAUAUCUGCGAGAAAAUUAAUACAUAAGGAGAGGACAAGAUCAUUACAUACAAAAGAAAGGAAUUGAAGAAAAUCAAUACUUAGAAAAGAAGGCAAAUAGUUUUAAUUUAUUAUAAAAAUAUUAAGCUUCUAACUAAGGAAUAAUUUAUCUUUGAUAGUUAGCAACUUCUUUUCAAUCAUCUACAGUUUGUUGGAUGCAUCCUUAUAAAACUUACACAGUGCGUCAUAACUAUCAGUGUAAAAUUGCAGAUCUCUUGAGUCUGCUUGAAAGGUCUCUUCAGAUGAUCUUCAAGACUUUGAAUGUGUUAACUCAUUGUUGGCUAUCUUGAUUCCUUCUCUCAAAGUAGACAACUCUUUUGUAAUUUCUUCAGCUUGCUUCUUUAAGGCAUUGUUUUCUCAUUUAAGUUGUUUUGUAGCCAUCACUGUUUAACAUAAAACUCCUUAGUCUGUUGAUCUCGAUGAAUAAUUAAUGGCAGAGGCACAAGUAUUGCUCACAUGUCCAUCUUUAACCAGAUGUUAUGCUUUUUGUCUCACCUUGAAAAUUUGCUGAAAUAAAUGGCAGUUAAGCUGCUGGAGACAGCCUUGUCUUCAAGAAUCUUAACCUCUACUUAGGGACAAAACUAAUGGACCAGAACAGUCAUUGUCUGUGUCGUUGUCAUAAUCAUUAUCAUAAUGAUUGUCCUUGUCUUUGUCUUCAUCAUUAUUAUCAUUAUUAUCAUUUCUAUCAUUUUCAUCAUCAUUAUUGUCAUGUAAAACACUUCAACCACAAAAAUAAGGACUGUUCUCCAAAACUUAACCAUUUAUUUUGAACAUUUCUCAACCAGGAGUUUGCAUAAAUCAUAUAACCUUAAUCUCACCAAAGUGAUGGCAUGCAAUGCGUACAAAGAAGAUAAAAAGUGUAAAAACUGAACGAAAUGUCAAUGUUCAGUCACAACAAUUGUUGGUAAUGUUCUCAUUCCUAUUGUAAAUAUCAUCAUCAUCAUCAUCACUACCCAUUACAUUCAUUCACAGCACCAGCUAACAAUUUUCUGGCCAAGGUUCUCAGGUAUCUUCUGUAAAUGUCUUGAAAUAACAAGUUUCCUUAGUUCACUUACCUAAAUCACCUUCAACUGAAGGUGUUAUUCAACAGUGUUAUUCCUUUCAUAAAAUUCUAGCUUUCACUCAACCUUUUCCUCCUCCCAAACCCAUUUCAUUAUCAUUAUUGUCAUGUAAGGUACUUCAACCACAAAAAGAAGGACCCUAACUCCUAUGUCACUACAUACUGCAAUGUCAAUUACUUUGCAUGUCUACUUGUGGUUGUUUAGAACUACCAAAUCAAGUCUCCAAGCUGUUAUCUCAUGGCUAGUUUAAAAGCAUUUAGUCAACUGUUGUUGCAGUUACUUCUAUUAUUAGUAAUACUAGUUACUGUCAGUAGUAUCAACAAAUUUCUUCAAGACAAUAAUUUUUCAAUGAUUGCUUUUAUUUUCAAUGUACAGAACGAGCCAACUUUUGAGCAAAUGACAGAUGAUGAGCGCACCAGCGGAGUUGAUAUGGUUUCUAGUAAUUCAUAUGAAAUAAUUUCAGGUAGGUGAUGCUCAAUUUGACAUCAGUAAGAUUAGAUGUGUCUUUUAUCUGUUAGCAAAUUUGUUCUCCUGGAGUUCCUAACUUUAUGUUAUUUCUUUUAGUGUUCAUUUGGAGAAUUUGAACAUAAAACAUGACAAGAUAUCUUUCCCUUAGAAGAGGUUAAACUAAAUUCACAUAAUUAUAUAACAAUAUCUAUUAUUUUUUACCCCGGAUGAGGUUAUUCCCCUUAAAUGGAACUUACAUAGUGCUGAGAGUUUUGCCAAACAUACCCAAUGGCUGUCUUAUUUUGUUCAAAGAGCUUUAAGUAAAAGGCAAAAUGAUUGACUGUGACUUUCCACACACUAACCAAGUUUUAACCUAGACCUUGUAGACCUUUCCUCAGAGCCAUUUGCUCACUAAAGUGAACUACCGGUAUUUUCCUUAAACACCUCCAUAUUUCAAGAUAUAACACUUGUAUUCUGCUUGAAAGACUUGACACUUGUUAAAAUUCCCCACCCAAGCCAAGCAAGGUUCAAAUUCCCCACCCCCAGGCAUUGCAAUGGUCAAAUGCCAAAUGCCUAUGGGUCUCUUGGGCAGGGAAGGGGGGGGGGGGAAUUAAUUGGUGCAUGAAUUACAUUCAAUGACUGAAGUUUUCUUCAGUCUGUGGCAUAAAUUUAUUUUUAUAUUCAGAGCCAAGAAAAGUAACCUUCAGCAAUGUGAGAGAGGUGCGUCGGUUAGCAGGUAAAUGUUACAAGUGUUUAAUGUUUUACACUGCAAUGUCAGUCUCCAUAUUCUUCAUGCUGUUCAACCAACAUUUCCUGAGGUGCUGGAAAGGAGGAUUUGUUUAACAAUCAAAGCUUCUUAGGUCAGCAAUCGUUUGCUUUAUCCUCGUGACCUUAAUGAAUGAUUGAGCAGUAUUGCUCUAAGGAGAAAUUAGAUGCUAGUCACUCCAAAGGUUUAAACAUUAUUAAUAAUAGUGAGAGAUAUUUUUCUUAUAAAUUACUCGGUAUUGGAAAUAUAGGAUAUAAGGUGAUUUUCUUUGUUAUUUUUUUAUUAUUAUUAUUAUUAUUAUUAUUAUUAUUAUUAUUUCAGAGUGCCUCUGAGAAACUGAUGUUGUAAAAGUGAUGUACAGAGCAACACAAAAAAGUCACAACCAUGUUGUUCUUCUUACAAUUAACAAUAGUUUUUUUUUUGUACCCUGUAGACCAUGUUGGGGAACAGGCCUGGAGUGCACGACGGCCAUAUCAGGCUUCACAAUUACCAAGCCAUAAGUUGCCUCUUAGGAAAGUGGCUAAAGUGGCUUUAAUCUUUUGCUUUUUGGUUAGUAAAAAAAAAAAUCUUUCAUAAGUGCAAGAUGAUUUCAAAUUGGAGGUUGACAAAGAAACUGCCCUUUCUUUUCCUUUCCUUUCAAAUGAAUGUGGUGAUAGCCGGUAGCUCACCAUAGACUGACUGAGUUAUCUGUAGUUCAGUGCUGGAGCAUUGAGACAGGGAAUCUAAAUGACUUGGGCUUGAUUCCUUGUAGGGGAUUUUUGCUCUGUCUUACACCCAUGACCAAUAAAUUUUUAAUCUUAAUAUUGAGUCAGAAGUCAGAGCAGGGGUGGAUAUUUUGGAUGUGGCAUUUGACCAUACUUUAUAUAUUGCUCGAAGAGCCUUGCUCCCCUCACCUCCCCUCCCUUUAGGUACCAUAAUCCUGAGCUGUGCUACCCCAGAAAAUUUUGAAAUACUUCAGUAAUAGAGAUUCUUAUGGGUUUUUUUUUUGGAGAAGAAACCUUCAUGCUUUUGUUACCAAAAUGAGAUGAUUUCUUUAAAUAAUUGAGUAAUGAUAUGAUGCAUCAAUCAACAGUUGAAUCAUCUUUUCCAAGGAAAGUACACAAUCCUUCAACUUGUUAAAAAAAAAAAAAAAUACUAACAGCUAUAAGGUCAAAUAUAUCUUAUUUCAGAGAAGAUAGUCACUUUUGUGUUAUUCUUUUGGUUGAAAUUUAAAGAGCAGCUGGCAAAAGUCAUUUUUACAGUCAAUCAAUAUGCUUCAUGCUUAGCUCAUAAUGAAACUCUUGAGUGCUUAAUUAAGACUUCAUACCAUUGAUUGCAUACUAUUUUUGCUAAUUAAUUUGAAGUAAAUUUUUCCAUCCAGUGGUUCAGUGCUAACUGCAGUUACCAGGUGGCCAUUUCCAACACAUCACCAGCUGCUGUCAAUAUUUUGUCCUCUUCAUCAGGUAAAAGAAACCUUUAAGUUUGUGCAGUCUUAGUUUCCCAGUUAUAAAUCAUUUUAACUCAGGCCUUUAAUCACAAAGGGUGAUAAGAAAAAGGAACCACCCUAAAUUUUAACUCCAUUUUUCAGUCUUGCUCAUUGUUUUGGCUAAUUCAAAAGAAGCUGAGAAAAUGGGAAUUUUAUAACUCUAUCUUCAAAUUACUAUGGGUUUUGCUGCCAUUUUAGAGAGUAAUUAACUAAAGAAACUCAGGCAAGUACAUGUACCUUUUCCAUAAGUCUUAAGGUUGUUGUAAGGACUGUAAAAAGAAAUUCAAAACCAUUUUCAUUAUCAGGAAACCCCAUCAUAACCAUCAGGUUGAUUUGUAACAAAGGUAUGUGCAAGUGAUAGAGAAGAAAAAGACCUUUUAUUGUUUCUGCUGGAAACACUUAUCAUACCCAUGCUUAGUCACUGCUGAAAAAAGUCAGUACUUGCUAUUUUUUCUCUUUAUGACAGGACUCUUUACACUCAUUUUAGCAUCUAUAUUCCAGAGUUCAACUUCUGACAAAUUUUCAGUGACAAAGCUUGUUGCUGUUCUAAUGAGGUAAGUUUGAAUUUUGAUCUUUCAAAAAUUUUUGAUCUUUCUUGAUGUUGUCCCUAAUUAAGAGAAUUAUUUUCCAUUGCAUGUUUGAUAAGGGGGUUAUUUCAAAUGGAAUUAUUGUGGUAACUUCCUUCUAGUCAGUUCUGUAACUUUACAAUAGGAUUCGUCUAACUCAAGCUCUGUUGGCUCAAACUCCCUGCCAACUCCAACAAAAUGUGAUUUCCCUUGGAUUUGACCCCAUCUUUUCAGUCAUUUACUAUCAGCUAACCAUAGCUUGCCUAACUUUAACUAAUAUUUUACUUUCCCUUUGCUCAAAUUUGUUCUAGCUUUAGAACUGCAACUUCAGCUAAAAAACAUUGGCCAAUAAACAUCAAAGUAUCAGAACAUAGCUGAUGAAUAUAUCCCAAUUAGAAAUUGCAAAUGAAUCAAACAGGAUAAUGUUUAAUAAAGGGUAACACAUUUUGCUAAACUUCCCAAACUUAAUGUUCCUGUAAAAAAAUUCCUGUAAAACAAACUAAGUUUACAAAAAUGACUGUCGAUUUGUGAGAAUUGUAAAAACAUGAUUCGCUACUAAUCAUGAACAAUUUAAUACCAAUCCUAAUUAUUUGAAACCCCCCCCCAGCUCAAAUAAUUUUUUUCCCCCUUUGGCUUGAUUCAGAGUGGUUCAUCUGUUACCUCUAUAGUAAGUAACGGAAAGUCAUAAUAACAGAGCUCUAAUUUUUUUUGGUUCUAGUGUUACUGGUAUUGUGCUGGUUACACUAGCAGACUCGAGAAAAAAAAGGGAAGGAAUCAGUGUUGGAGCAUUAUGGGCCUUGGCCAGUGCAUUCUUGUAAGUGUGGCUGAGAUUUAGUACACAAACAUACAAAUAGCUUCUUUCAUACUUCCUGCAAAUUCCACUAUAAUCACAGUGGCCCACUGUGCUUGCCGGUAAGAGGUCCAUGAUUGUUCUGGCAGGUAUCAGACAGCAAGAUGCUGUCAGAUGUUGGAGCAUUAUGGGCCUUGGCCAGUGCAUUCUUGUAAGUGUGGCUGAGAUUUAGUACAUAAACAUACAAAUAGCUUCUAUUACAAUAGGAUUCUGGCAGGUAUCAGACAGCAAGAUGCUCAUGAUGAAGCAGUGCCGAUAAGAUACUGCCUAAAGGCUAAUGCACAGAUAAUCGCACACCCGGAUUAUUAACAGGAAAACCAACAUGAAAAUAUGCACAUACCUACUAGUAGGUAAUCAUGCAGAUUGUCAUUAGGCAGCCCAUUUUGAAAAUAAACACACAUAAAAUCAUGCAGAAUUUUAACAGGCAGACCAACAUAAAAAUAUGCACAAAUGCACAAUCAUGCAGAAUUGUAACAGGCAGACCAAUUUUUAAAAAAAUACACACACACACAUAAACAAUCAUGCAGAAUGUAAACAGGCUGGCCAGCAUAAAAGGAUGAGUGACACACAGAUAGGCCAACAGUAAGACAUUCAAACAUGCUGGAAGAUCUGUGGGUUCAACACAUGGACAGAAAAAUAGAUAAAGAGACUAAAUCUAAUGAAAUCUAAAAAGUCUCAACUGUCCUUAGCAUCAGUUGCUUGAACUUAUCUCUCUAAUUUCUUUGUUACAUAGUCAGUUAUUUUUUUCUUCUUUUCAGGUAUGCUUGUUAUUUAACAAUGAUAAAACAUAAGGUUCCCAAUCAGAAGCAGAUGGACAUUCCCAUGUUCUUUGGUAAGAGAAGAAUUUUUUAUAGGUUUGUUUUAAGUAAAAUGCUGUCAUAGUUUUUCUGUAAAUAUGUGUUAGUUUGGAUAGAGUGCUUUUUGAUCAAAAGUUUUAAAACUAAAAUCAAAAUUAUCACAACAGCCAAUUAGAGAAAAGGAAAAUACCAUUAAGAGCCAAAGACAACUCAGACUGAAAAUGAUUAACUGCUUAACAUAAAGAAAAACAUGAGCAACCAUAUCAUGAUUAGUGUUAGUGUUACAUCUGAUUGGUUGAUUGAAUGGCCUAAUUAUUCUGGAGCAAUCACAAGGUAAAGUAAAGUAAAACCAAUGCAAUCACGGAGUACAUUCAACGCUCAAUUAAAAAUUGCUUUGACAAGCCAAUUGUACUUCUCUCUUUCAGGUCUCGUUGGAUUGUUUAAUUUCAUUCUUCUGUGGCCUGGAUUUUUCAUUCUCAACUAUUGGAAAGUUGAGCAAUUUAUGCUUCCUCCAGAGCCAACUGUUUGGGGCUAUAUUACUUUGAAUGCCCUUAUUGGAACAGUUCUGUCAGAAGCCUUGUGGCUUUGGUAAAUGUUCUCUUUUUCAUUGACUGUGUUAUCUCAUGCCCUGUCAGGUGUUAUGUCACAUCACCAAAGCCAUUUACUUUCAUAUAAUUUUAUUAUGUUUCAUGUCCUCUCACAUUGAGUCACAUAACACAAAAUUGCAUCAUGUCACACAAUCUCAAGUCAUGUCAUGUCUUGUGUUAUUUUAAGAUGUCAUGACAAGUCACAGUAUUGACUGUCUUAUGUCAUUUCAAGUCUAAACUCCUCACAUGUCACCAAAGUCAUAUACCAUGGUAUUAUUUUCUCAUGUUUCACUUCAUCUCAUGUUAAGUUGUGUUACAUAACAUUAUGACAUGUCACCUCAUUUCAAGUCACAUGGCAUCUUGUGUCAUUUCAAGUAAGAUAUGAUGACAUGUCACAAUGUUGACUUUCUUAUCUCACGCUAUGUCUGGUCUAAUCUCAUGUGACUGAAGUUGUAUCCCAUCAUACCAUUUUCUCAUAUUUCGUGUCAUGUCAAGUCAUGUAACAUGUCAUUACAUCAUGUCACCUCAUUUCGAAUCACAUUGUGUCUUGUGUCAUUUCAAGUUAGAUGUCAAGACAUGUAACAUCAUGGACUGUCUUACCUCAUGCCAUUUCAGGUUUCAUAUCAUGUCAUUUAAGCAUUUAAGUCACAUUCCUUUGGAUCAUUUUUAUUUGUCUCCUGUAAUUUCAUGUAAAGUCAUAUAACACUACUUAAAGUCAUGCCACCCCAUUUCAAGUGACAUCCUGUCUUGUGUCAUUUUGGGUAAGAUGUCAUAACCUGUUACGUCAUGUCAUGUCAUUAAAUUUGAUGUGAUAUGAGUCAUGUGUAUCUCUUAGCAUGUCACACAGUGCCAUACCGUAUCAUGAGUUUGUCAUGUUUCUUUGUGGUUGUGUAGUUAUUUUGAUUUGUACCUUAUACUUCAGCGCUUCUCCUUUCGAACCAUACCUUGAUUUUCCAUUUUCUUUGAAGGAGAGGAACUUGAGAUCAAGUGGAACAAACACUUAAAUUUUAUUAUAUUUAGCGAUCUGACAAGUGCAUUUUGUAAUCUAUAUUUUAGGGGCUGUUACUUGACGUCAUCAUUAACAGCUACACUUUCUUUGGUUUUGAUCUUACCACUGACCAUGUUCGUUGACGUGUUCAUGAAGAGAGUAAGUGAAUUUGAAUUUUCAACUCAGUGGUCUGACAUCUGCGCAUGUGCGAAUGUUGUAAUGACCAGGUGACGUGCUUGCAGGCUGUCAGAACCAAAUAGUCUCGCACGAGUUACAAACAACCACACGAACCACUAACAAGAGUAUAGCUUUUCUGUUAAAGCUCAAAACAGGAUGUUGAUUCAACAGGAUAACUGUAAUCGUAUAAGCUUUUUGAUCCAGAACUCUUCAGUUUUCCUUUUCCCUAAUUUUGUUUCCUUUUACAGAUUUUAAUCAACGUUUUUAAUUUUCUUUCGCUUAUUUUGCGAGAGAGCAGCUGUUAUGUUUUUCUUAGAAAUUUUGCGCGGGAAAUUGGUGCGCAGGCUGUCAGACUUGAUCCCUUGCGCAUGCCUAACGUGUGACCGCUGAGCUGAAUUUUCAUACGUAUCUUCUUUAGUAGCAGUUUACUAUCUGUGGUAAAAACCAUUUUACGAACUUCUCCCGCGUCCAUGGCUAAAAUAUUGAUGUCAUUCGAUUUUGCAGGUCCAUUUCUCGUGGAUGUUCUUUUUGGGCACUAUACCGGUUUUUUUGUCAUUUUUCGCUGUGAGCUUUUUAACCCAUUACGGAGAUUGGGACCCAAUCUGGAUUGGAGUGAAGAAACUCGCCAAUAGCCAGAGGCAGCUUGUUAUUGGGUGUGUUGAAUAAUAAAUAGAUUACCAGCUAACUCAAUUAGUGGUGGGUCGCAAACAGCCCCAAAUCAGGAGGGACCUAAGUAAGUUCGUUUCCAUGUCUCUGCUCGCCUCUCUCUGGUUCCAGGGGGCGGGAAGUAUGCAGAUCCUGAUAAAAAAGUUGAGAGUUCUUUUCUUGGCUCUUACUACCGCUAUUUGGGUUCAGUUUGAAAUGCCAUAACGAGGGCAUCCUAUUUAAGUGGUCAAUGUCAAAGGUUUUUAUUAAUAUCUUUUUCUGUUGAAUCUUCACUCGUUUUUGCACUCGUCCUGCUAAAAUCGGUUUCUAAAGAAAAUCUGCAUGUGUUUAGAAAGCAAGCGUGA